CAUAGCUGAUGAUAGAAGACCAUCCAGUUCACCAAAUCUUUGAAAUUUUAUCUUAUCAACACCCUGUGUAACAGGAUGACCAAAGAUGCCACCGUCAUGGCCGUAUCGUUUCUUGGCCCUCUCACCAGCUGAGAUCCAGCACCGUCGUGAGCUUCUAGAUCUCCGGGGUUACUAUGCACAAUUGUCUGCUAUUGCCAUUGUCCUGUUAGUUCGGGUUUAUCGAAGCUGCAUACUGCUACCCAGAGAGUCCGGUAAUGGCAACAGCGAAAGACGUCCAUUUCCACGGCCGAAGUCAUGGUGGGAUAUGCCUCCCUGUCAGGGCUGGAGAGAGACUCGCAAACAGUAUAUGGUUACACUUCUUUGGCUAGGAUGGUUAUUGGGCCUGUCAGUUUGGGGAGCUGGAUAUGAUUAUCUCCAUCUCACCAAGGCCCUGGGCCAUAUUGCCAUAUCCCAACUCCCCUUUCAGACACUGAUGGCGCCAGUCUUCUAUCUAUCAACCAAACCAACUUUACCCUCUCUCUUGUCCCUUCUGACUUCAAUCCCCCAACAGACCCUAACACCAUAUCACCGACUGUAUGGCCGGAUUGUCCUCUCGCCACUACUCCUGGGCCAUGCCGGGUUGUACCUUUCGUUCUUCUUUCAAUCCAGCCAUCCCGAGUUCGGGACGUUACUGGCUAAGCGAGUCCGUGAUCCAGAUGUGCAGUGGGGGAUCGUGGCUCUAUGUUCGGCAGUCUCCAUCUUGAUCUUUACUCGGCCGUCUGGUGGACAGAAACGUGGUUCGUGGAUGUGGAGAGGUCCCAAGACUACGAAAUGGGGGUUCUACGUUGGGCAUGUUUCAUUUGUUGCUGCGUUCUGCACAGCUGUCUACUCCCAUGUUGGUUAUACAAGGGCCUAUAUCCUUGAAACCUUGAUAGGAUCCGUGCUUAAUGUUGUGGUUUGCUGGUUGCUGCUAAAGAAGGUCCUGGCUUGAGAGGAAGAGAUGCACGAGUGACCACUGCAUGCACACAUUGUACUUCACAUAUAGAAUAUAUUGUACAUGUUUCUGUUGAC